UCGAGCGAGCGCGUGCAAGGCGAGUGUCCUCCGCGUAGGUGCUUUGUCUAUGUUUAGGGGACUGAUAAGUUCGUGAACUUUAGUGAGCUCGAUUGGUGCAUAUGCUUGCGUUCGCGGUGGCUCGACAAUGUUGAUAUCGGCGGGCACCGGCCCAACACCUGAGUUCUCUCCGGCCUCCUGCUGCGCGUCCUGGAAGAUGGAGCCGGCGCCUCCCGCGCCUGCCAUCACGCAGCCCCUCAACAUAUCACCUAAUGUUCCAGUAUCACCAUCAUCAUCAGGCGGUGGAUCUGGCACGCUGUACCCUGCGUCACACCCGCUGUCCUCCCUGCUAUCCCAGCAGAGGCUACUGGAGUUAUCUCGCUUCGGGCUCCGGCACUAUGACAUCGCACACCACGUGCUGUCCCAGCAAGGUGCUGUUACCAAGCUUCUUGGUACGCUCCGGCCUCCAGGCUUGAUAGGUGGAAGCAAGCCGAAGGUAGCGACGCCCGCCGUGGUUUCCAAAAUAGAACAAUACAAACGUGAAAAUCCAACAAUUUUCGCGUGGGAGAUACGCGAGCGGCUGAUUUCUGAAGGAGUUUGCACGAACGCAACAGCGCCCAGCGUAUCCUCAAUAAACAGGAUCCUGCGGAACCGAGCGGCAGAGCGUGCGGCAGCCGAGUUCGCGCGGGCGGCGGGCUACGGGCUGUACGCCGCACCGCCGCCGUACGGCAGCUUCCCGUGGGGCAGCGGCGGGGUGUGGCCGCCCGGCAGCCUGCCGCUCCCGCCCGGCGUGCCCGCACCCGCGGUGGGCGUGCCGCAUCCAGAUGCUAUGAAACAGGGCUUCUUGACCUCAUCCGGUCGGGGGCUGAUUGAUGUAGACGGUGACGACUCUGGAUCUCUAGAUGGCGAACAGCCAAAGUUUAGACGAAAUCGAACCACAUUUAGCCCAGAUCAAUUAGAAGAACUUGAAAAGGAAUUCGAAAAGUCGCAUUAUCCAUGUGUCUCUACGAGGGAACGAUUAGCUUCCAAGACAUCGUUAUCGGAAGCCCGAGUUCAGGUUUGGUUUUCCAACAGACGAGCCAAGUGGAGGCGCCACCAGCGCAUGAACCUACUCAAGCGCGGUGGCGGGUCCCCCUCGCACCGCCUCCCCCAUUCACCCUCCCGUUCCCGAUCGCGGUCUUUAUCCCCAACGCGCAUGGCCUACCACGCUCCGCAAAUGGGUGGAGAGAACAGCGCCUUUAAAGCGCUCGCCCACCAAGAUACCAACGCCCUGAAGGCUCUAUCCCAACACGCUCAAUUCGAAACGAAUGCGCUGAAAGCACUGUCGCAACAGGCGUUCGACGGUAGUGCAUUUAAACCCCAUUCCACAUUGGAAAAUAGUGCGUUUAAAGCGCUUGUCCCGAAUUCAGCGGCGGCGGCAUUACUGGCGGCACAAUCGAUACAAUUAGCCCGCGGAUAUGAAUCUCAUUCGGAUUCAGACGAGGAAAUAAAUGUGCACGAUGAGAGCGAAGACGAGAGCGAGAAACAAAAAAAUAAGACUAGAUCCAGAUCGCCGAGCCCUUGUCGUCAACGAUCGAUGACCUCUAACGAUUUGCCUCUACAGUUAACGAAACACGAUCGCUGAUAGCAUUAUUUGUUAAUAAAAUUAUUUAUUUACAUUGUAAAAUUAAAUCGUUCAUUGAAUGCCGAUGUUCCGAUAGUAUAAUUAUUAUGCAAAUUCAAAUCCUAGAGUGUUAAUACUCCUGUUAGAUUGUAAAUUUAUGUAAAUAUGUAGAUAUUGCGAUAGUCGAUUACUGUAAAGAGAUGGAUCAAAUAAAUUUAAGUCUGCACAAAUAAUGUUCUGUAUCUAAAUUAGAAGAUAUUACCAGAAUUGUUGUCAAAAUGUCAAUUUUUGAAGAGAAUAAAAAUGCUUCAUGGAAUACUAUUGAUUACAAAAUUGAUAUAGAUAUUAAAAUUAGAUGAGAAACCAAUGAUUAAUGUUUUAAAAGAUUGUUUAAUGAUGUAAAAUAUUUAAUCGUGUUUAACAUUUCUUCGUCAACGAUUACUGAAAAUAAUACUUCAUACAUAUCAUAUUAUUAUUUAGUUUAUCUACAAAUUAGUUGUUACUGAUGUUUUAUUUUAUAACUGCGGUUUUUGAUGAAAUAGUAAUAAAUAAAUUGUAAAUAUUGUUACAUUUUCAGAACUGUAAACUAUUUAUUGAAUAGAUAAUUAUAUUUUAAUGUAAAUAAAAUGUAGGAAUAAUU